UUCAAGUCUGAUGCCAAGUAGCUUAAUUGAGGCAUUAUUAAGCACAGAACAAUUUGGUGAAAAGCUUCCUGGUGAUAAUUCACUCAAUCUCACAUCAAAACUCUUUGUUAAGUACAAAUGACAUCUUCCAUAAAGACGAGUUCUGUGUAUUAACUGAGAAAACAAGUUUGAGACAAGGGUCUGGGGAGGAUCUGGUGUCCUCUUGGCCAUAUAGAUAGCCCAAAGGUCACCAGGCUAUUAAGCACAUCUUCUGGACAGAAAACAGGUUAUCCAUCUCUCCCUUUAAAGAGACAACCGUGUGUGUUUAGCGUUCCUGGUUCCCCUAGUGCCUAUCUGUGAGCACAAGGACCUCCUUCCCUGCUAUCCCAUGUGACCCUCCCAGCUUUAAGUUUCCCCAGUAAACCUAAGGAUGUGUCCUUUCUAUUCCCAGGAGUAAAGCAUUUCUAGUCCAUGCUGGAUGGAUGGUGGGACAGAUGGCAUAGUUUCUAGGUCCUUGUAUAGUGGAGUCUAUGAGGCCGGGCUACUGCCUGACGAACCACUGUCUUAUACACUGUGGAAUGACUUCGAGUAAAGCAUAGCCUGACCUCAACACCGAGGAAGACUGCGACUCCAGAUCCUGAAUGAAAGAUGGAAAGGAAAGGCGACAUGACUGCUCCUAGGUGUCGUGGAGAAGGAGGUUUAUGGUAAAUAAAAGGGAGAGCAUAGCCAGAGGCAGAAAUACCUGGGAGAGUCCAGAAUGAACCAGACCCUGAGCCUGGCCUCGGAGAACAGGGAUGGGAGAGUCAGGAAACCAGGGAGACCAAGAGACCAGGAGGGUAAAGAGUAAAAAGGACUGGUGUAGCCCAGAUGUCUGGAUUAUAUAGGGGAGAACUGCUUGGGGGCAAAGGCAGGUAGCUCCUGGCCUGAAGUUUUCAGGGUAUGGUCAGGGUAUGCCAGCCAUACCCUGUGACAGGUAAGGACUGAGGGAUUCUGGGAGAUCCUGCUAGCCAGGUCUGCUUUGAAUUUGUUAAAUAGGAACCUCAGUUAGCCAGGAGGUCAGAUCUGUCAGGUGAAAGGUUUGAGACUAAACAGAUCCUACCUCCCUGUCUAAGGUCAGAUGAAGAUGAUGGGUCCCCUGGAGCUGAAUUACAACUGGUUGUGGGCAGCCCCAUGAGAUGCUGUGAACCAAAGGGUCCUCUGUGGGCCACCCUAUGAGAUGCUGGGAACAAAAGGGUCCUCUGUGGGCAGCCCCAUGAGAUGCCAGGAACCAAAGGGUCCUCUGUGGGCUACCCUAUGAGAUGCUGUGAACCAAAGGGUCCUCUGUGGGCUACCCUAUGAGAUGCUGUGAACCAAAGGGUCCUCUGUGGGCCACCCCACGAGAUGCCGGGAACCAAAGGUCCUCUGAAAAAGCAGCCCGUUCACUUAACAGCAGAGUCAUCCCUCCAGCCCCUUUACCUGACUUCCUGACAGUCCAUUUCCUUUUUCUUCUGUAGGAUGACUUUACCAAUUUGGUUUUUUGUUUGUUUUGGAGACAGGGUCUCACUAUGUAGCCUUGACUGUCCUGGAACUCACUACAUAGACCGGGUUGGCCUUGAACUCACAGAGAUCUGCCUGCCUCUGACUCUUGUCUACUGGGAUUAAAGGCCUGUGCUACAUGCCCCACAACCAUAAUGCUUACUUAUGGAGAUUUAAAACCUUUUUUGUUCUAUGCUCUGAUGUAAAUCUUUGUGUGAAUCUCUAGGCGCUCAGUCUAGAGUCACAGUGACUUGGCAAAAAUCUGAGCCAGGAUUUUGCUAGCCUCACCCUUCCCUUUGCACGGAAAGGCUACUUCUCAGGGCUUCAGUAAAAGAUUGUAAAGAUUAAUCCAUACAGGCCGGAUAUGUGAGCAAGCCCAAUAAGGCUCAGGUAAUUACUGUUGGAAAUUUCCAUUUUGUAUCCAGGAGGUCUCCGGCAGAGGACAGUUGAAUUUACCCCAUAUGUACCCAUGUCCUUAAAUCCCCUUUCACUGCUUGGCUUUCAGGAAACCCUUUUGACUUCCUUAUGAGGAGCCCUAUUCCAGCCCUAAACUGCUUCUCCCAUCCAGUAACUUGGGAUCCUCCCCACAGAGCCUCUGGGUUCCUGAAUCCAGCCCCGCCUUCGCUGGCUGGCUGCCCUACAAAAUGGGCGGGGCCGAUUAGGCAGGAUAUAAAGCCAACAAGUGCUCAGCCCAGGCUGCAGCCCUACAGAUCUCUCCAUAACUCUGCAGGGUCGUCCGGGCAACCAGCUGCUCAGCCUGUCAGCAUCUGGUACUACAGUCUGCGGGCAACCAGCUGCUCAGCCUGUCAGCAUCUGGUACUACAGUCUGCGUUCAACAUCAGGAGCCAUGGCAGUGAGAAGAGCCCUGGUUGUAUUGGCCCAUGAGGAGAAGACUUCAUUCAACUACGCCAUGAAGGAGGCUGCCGCAGAGGCUCUGAAGAAGCAAGGUUGGGAGGUGGCUGAAUCCGACCUCUAUGCUAUGAACUUUAACCCCAUCGUUUCCAGAAAGGACAUCACAGGUAAGCCGAAGGACCCUGAAAACUUUCAGUACUCUUCAGAGACAGCUCUAGCCUAUAAGGAAGGGCGCCUGAGCCCAGACAUCGUGGCUGAACAGAAAAAGCUGGAAGCUGCAGACCUCGUGAUAUUUCAGUUCCCCAUGUAUUGGUUUGGAGUGCCCGCCAUUCUGAAAGGCUGGUUUGAUCGAGUGCUUGUGGCAGGAUUUGCCUACACAUAUGCUGCCAUGUAUGACAACGGUCCUUUCCAGAAUAAGAAGGCCUUGCUUUCCUUCACCACUGGGAGUAGCGGCUCCAUGUUCUCUCUUCAGGGUAUCAACGGGGACAUAAACGUCACCCUCUGGCCACUUCAGUAUGGCAUCCUGCAUUUCUGUGGCUUCCAGGUCUUGGAACCACAACUGGUGUACGGCGUUGGCCACACCCCACCAGAUGCUCGGAGGCAGAUCCUGGAAGGGUGGAAGAAGCGCCUGGAGACUAUCUGGGAGGAGAAGCCACUCUACUUUCCUCCAAGCAGCAUGUUUGACCUCAACUUCCAGACAGGAUUCUUACUGAAAAAAGAGGUUCAAGAGGAGCAGGAAAAGAACAAAUUUGGCCUUUCUGUGGGCCAUCACUUGGGCAAAUCCAUUCCAACUGACAACCAGAUCAAAGCUGGAAAAUAAGACUCCCCCCCCCCAAUAUGUAAGUUUAACCUAGUUAUCUUUUUUUACAGCUUGCCUGGCUUUUGCUUUCCCCUUUAUUCCACAAGGAUAGGAAAAGAAGUAGACUCACUUCUUAACGUUCUUGAAUAGUUCUGUCAGUGAGUGUAUGUACUAUUACCUAAAUCAGAUUAGGUGCCACAGGUCGCUUGAUAUUUGGCGGUGGGGUUGUAUGGGAGGAGGAAGAUACUCCUCUAGGUCAUCUACGCAAUAUAAACCCUUUCUUAGGGCUAGCCCUGGCCACAGGGUAUCCGACUCUCCAGAGAUUUGUUUCUUUUAAUCACCUCUCUGUGGUUUAGGACAGAGGGGAAUUGCUCAAAGAAAACAAAGGCUGAGGGAGCUACUUGCUUAGGAGUUAGUGAGCUGAAGUCUGUUUACAGUGCAUCUCGGUUUCAAUGACUGUGCAGUGAUUGAUGUGCCUCUCGGGGGAUUUCUCUCCAGCUCGCCUCUGUCUUGUACACAGCACACACAGGUCCUAGGAAAGGAACACUGAAACAGGUCCCAUGUUUCCACCUUUUUUUUUUCAGAAUUAAAUGAAAACACACAAGGACAUGGUGGUGCAUGCCUUUAAUCUCUUUAAUACUUAAAAAAUAAUAGCCCCCUACUGAGCUGGAGAGUUGGCUCUGAUGGCAGUUAAGAACACUUGUUGCUCUUGCCCAGGACCUGGGUUCAGCUUCCAGCUGGCUGACACCUAUACAGAAGCUAAAAGCUGUUUCUAUCUCCAGUUCUAAGGAUCCAGUGCUCUCUUCAGGCUUCUGCAGGCACCAAAUGUACACAGUGCACAGACAUACAUGCAAAUAAAACACUGAUACACAUAAAAGAAGUCCUAAAAGCCAAAACAAAACAAAAAACUGUAGCCUUCCACCAAAAUAAAAGUUUGAUCUAUUCAAAUGUCUUAAGGGUUUUUUCUAUAAUAUUGGGAAAUAAAUGACAUUGCCUUUUUAUUUUUAAA